UGGUUAUUGGAGCUAGAGACUGGACAGAGGAGUGGAUCAGCGAAGGCUUUGCUACUUUCUUGGAGGACAUUAUAUGGGCCCAAGCACAACAACUUUCUUUGCAACAGACAGCAGAGCAAUUUGACCUGAAGGCACUGCUAAGGUGGAGGCGACUUUCAGACGAGUUACAAAACUCAAAAGAAGAACUUCAGAUUCUCAGACCGAACAUGGAGAGGACGGGUCAGGUCUGUGAGUCUGGCUCCUCCAUGGUUAAACAUGGCCUCAACCCUGACAAAACCUUCAUGCAAGUCCACUACCUCAAGGGCUACUUCCUCCUCAGGUUCUUGGCCAGUGAAGUUGGGGACCAGCAGAUGACUGACUUCUUCAGAUUAUUUGUAAAGAAAUAUCAUGGACAGCUUGUUUUGUCUCAGGAUUUCCUGCAAAUGUUCCUGAUUACCUUCCCCCACAUGGAAGGAAAGGGCCUCACCCUCAGUGCUAUUUACGCCGACUGGCUCGAUCGACCGGGAAUUCCAGAGUGGCUGCGUGAAAGGAGCGCCGUGUGGUCACAGGCGAGGCUGGUGGAAGAAGUCAAAGCAGAGGUUGUAAAAUGGAUUCUCUCCAGUCGGAGUCACCAGGCGAAGGGCAGAAAGCGGAAGAGAACAGAACCCAAGGUGAACUACAAAGAGCUGACGGCGGACCAGCUGGUGAUGCUGUUGGAGCUGCUGCUGGAAGAGUCGGAGCUGAGCGUGUCAUCAAUGCGUGCUCUGCAAAAAGCCUACGGUCUGCAGAAACAAGAUGCUGAGGUCCGACAUCGCUGGUGCGAGCUGGUGGUCAAACACGCGUACUCUCAGGCUUACUGUGACGUCGAGCACUUUCUGGUUCACGAUCAGGCGAUGGGUGUGUAUCUUUAUGGGGAGCUGAUGGUUCAGGAAGAUCCAGAGCAGCAAGCCUUGGCUCGUCGCUGUCUCGCGUUAGUUCAGGAGGAAAUGGACCAAUCAGCACGCAGCGUGGUGGAGGAGAUGAUUCUGUGACAGUGGAGGUUGCAGACAGUGGACGGAGACAGGAGUUUGGUCCGGAGGAGGUACGUGGACGCUGCACCCAGCCCGUCUUUCCCUGGGAGUCUGCAGAAACACCAGAAGGCUGCCUUUGUCCUCUACAGCCAACUGGAGCGCUGCAGGCAACGCGUUCGACUACAAGACGAUCCAAGCUGUUCAUAGCGGAACAGCGUUGUCGGGGGAAAAUAAAAUCCACCAUUCUAUUUUUAUUUUUUUUUUCAUGUUAAUGAAGGAAUAGGCCUUUCCCAGAUAAAGGCUCAGCGAUGUUUAACACUGAGAGCUCGGGUUGAUUCCCGUCGCCGUAGGUGUGUUUAGGGUUGAGUUCACGAAUGUUUAGUCUAAAAUCACGACCUGCUUCUCCGGAGUUUAGACUGGAAAUUCUUUCACGGAAGAGUAAAUUUCACAAACUUUUCUGACUUCACUCUCAUCUGCAAGAUUGAGUAGCAGGCAGCUCAGGGCUCUUCUGUUUUUAUGUGUUGGUUUCAUGAAUAUUAGUCAGAUAGAAAUGUCUUUUUAAAGUG